AUGUCGAAAAGUGAGUAUUUAAAAACAAUUGAAAAUCAACAACAACGCAUCACUAGGCUUGAACAAAGAUUUUCUGAUGUUGUUACGGCCUACAAAAAUCUUCAAAAAGAAAAAGAUGCACUAGAAUCAACGAUGAAAAUUUUAUCUUCCGCUUCAUCAACAGGAACAGGAACAACACUAUCAUCUAUGGUAGCCAAUGGAGUAAUAAACAAUGCGAUAAUUAAAGAAAAUAAUGAUUCUGGAAGUGAAGCUGAAAGUGGCAUAAGUACUGGAACUUCUUCUGUAGUUGAACAGACGAUUCAAGAUAAAUUAAACACACUACAACAAAAUGUUACUAUUAUAACAGAACAAAAAACGAAAAUGGAAUUGAUGUAUCAAACUGAGAAGAAAAAGUUGAAAACGGAAAAUGAAGAAUUAAAGGGUUUAUUGGAUGAGGCUAAAGCUGAAAAUAUCAUAUUAAAUCAAAAAUAUGAAACAGAAUUAAAAGAGCUUAAAUCUCGUUUUCGUCAAUCUCAACGUGAUCGUGAACGUGAAGUAGCCGAUCAUGGUGUGAUGGUACGUGAACUUCAAACAUUAGUGUCAGCCGAACGAAAUACACGAGAAUUAAUUGAACAACAAUUAGAAGAAUGUCGAGUGAAAAUUUCUCCAUUGGAAUCUCAAAUAGAAAAAUUUAAAAAAGAAAAUUUAAAUUUAACUCAACAAUAUCAAUCAAAAUUAAGUGAAACAAAAGAAAAAGGUGCAUCCGAUAUUGAAGAUAUGAAACGUUCGAAAGAAAAAAUUAAUGAAUUACAAAUACAACUAAAAGAUUUGGAAACAAAAUAUAACGAUGAACUUCGAACAGCAUCAAAACAAAAUCAAUAUAUUGAAAAGAAAAUGAAUAGUUUAAUAAAUGAAAAUGAGGUAAAAGUAGCAAAAUUGGAAACACAUAUUGCCGAAUUAUCAGAUCAAAUUGGAGCAAUAGAAAAACAACGUUCCCAAGAUCAAUUAAUUAUUCAACGUUUAAAAGAUCGCAUAUCACAAUUGAAUAUGGAAAAUUCUGUAUUAACUACUGCAUCAUCAACAUCGAUUGAACAAGAUUUAAAUGGAGAUGAUGAAACAAAAUCAAAUGAUAUUGAUAUAGAACAAAAUACUAAUGAUUUAGAUACAUUAAUGAAACGUAUAUCAAAAUUGAAAGUUUUAAUUCGUCUAGUCAAUGAGCGAUUUGGAAAAGCGUUAACAAUCGAAGAUGUAUUAAAUAUUGAUCGUGAAGUAGGUAAAGAUUCAAUAUCAACGACGACUAAUGGUCAUCCGAGUGAUCAACUACACACAAAAUGUCAUGAAGAAAUGGAUCGUUUAAAAUCAGAAUUAGAAAAAUACAAAACAAAAACAUUAGCAGCAUUCAAAGCAAAAACAUUUAAAGAAACGAAUACUACAAAAGAAAUGGAUGAUUUACGUGCACAAAUGGAACAAUUACGUGAAAAAUUAUAUUCAACUCAAACUUUGUAUAAUAAUGAAAAUCAACGACAUAUGCAUGUUGUAGAAAAAUUAGAAACAUGUCUAAAAACUAUUAAUGAACAACAUCGUCAAGAAGUUGAACAAAUGAUGUCUAAAAAACGAAUUGAAAUAAAUGAAUUAGAAUGUGAAUUAGAAAAACAUCGAGAACGUACAGCAAGAAUAUUAAAUGAAAAAGAACGAGAAAUAGAAGCUAUUAAAAAAUUAUUUACUGGUGAAACAACAAAAUUAAAUGAGAAUGAAGAAAUUUUAACAGUUUCAACUGAAGAUUCAACAUCAGUUAAUGAUCUAUUUAGUCGUUCAUGUUCAUCACCACCACUACCGAUAACUGAUAAUGUUAAUUUAUUAUAUUUUGUUCAAGAACAACAAUUACGUGAUCAAGAAUUAUCACAAUUGCGAAAACAACGUCGUGAAUUAGAACUUUCUCUACGUGAUAUACAACAACAUCAUUCAUAUGAAAUAAAUCAAUUAAAACAAACAAUUGAACAGUUAAAUGAUGAUAUUGAACAUUUAAAAUUAAGUAAUAUAAGAAAUAAUACAACUGUACAUGAUUUUGAUUAUAUUAAAAAUGUCUUUUAUCAUUAUUUAAUUACAAAUGAUAUUAGUGUUAAACAAACAAUGGUUAAUGCUCUAAUGACAAUACUUCAUUUUUCAUCAAAAGAAAAACUAAAAAUAAACGAUUAUCAAAAGAAAGCAAAUACAAUCAGUUGGUUUUAUAAUACCAAUCCGAAUAAGUAG